UGCAAAAUACUUUGGUUGAAGUUAGAUAUCUGCACUAUUGCUCACAUUAGUCUAUGCAAGAAGGAGCGACAGAGACAUAGAAUCGACGACGAUGUGCAUUAAGAAAUUCGGGUGUCCGAUGUGUCGGUAAGGUUCUGUAGAUAAUUUGCUUUGAAGUUUUGUUAUUUAUUUCAUAAAGCAGUAUUAUUUUCACGAAUCAAUAAAAUACGAACUUGUUCAGUGAUAUUAAUAAUCUAAAUAUCUCGCUAAUUCUUAGUAUAAAUGAUAAUUAAAUAAAGGUUAGUUGUAAUGGAAAUGUCUAAUAAUAAAUAAUAUUUUUCUUUUUUAAUUUAAUCUAUGAAUUUUUAUGCCUUAUAAUUUUGUCUUAAGUUUGGUCUUAAAUUGGGUAACCACUUUUAAUAUUACGGCCUAUUUUUUCUUUUGUAACCGUGAAAAGCGUAAAUAAAAUUGUGAUAAUUAGUAAACAGCCUAAUUAAUAAUUUCGUCGGUAAAAAAAAUUGUAUAAUAAGUUACUUUGAAGUUUUAUUGUUUAAUCAAAUAAAAAGAUAACGAUUUUGUUAGGUACCUACCUAACACAGAAUUUGAUGACGCGGAACCCUAAAUCGGUGCACUUUUGAUUUAGGAACAUUGGUGUUCGAGUUUCAAUAAUUACCUAUGUAGUUUUGGUCAUCGCUUCAGUCACGUCCGAGACUUUCACCGACGUAUUCGUGAAUUUUCAGAGUUUAGAAAGUCAACUUACGUUAUCGUUCUUUCGGGACUUUGGUUUGGUUUUAAUACUCGUUCUGUUUACCUGUGUGUUGUGUUUGUGCGCGGUCAGUGCAAUGAGUUCGUACUCAAAUGCCUAAUAUUACGAGAUGAUAAUGUGUGGCGGUGCUUAUGACGGUAAUCUUGCUGCGGCUCGGCGGCGUUAUGACAGCGCCACGUGUCAGGAAGAUCUGAAAACCCUCGACGUCUUCCUUCUUACCGGUGCUUCGCGGCACUUGUGAAUCGGUUACAUACAACUGGUUCAUUCCAUAGUGUGCCACAGGGAGGCCGGCCGAACACCUAUUCCACCAACACAGAGGAUGUUCACGAGUCGCUACCGAGUGAUUUUGGCCCGCGCGUGCAAUUCGCGCAAUGGAUUUGGAAGAUGGAAGAGCCACCAACAUAUUGUGAACCGACGAAGCCGCCUUCACUAGAGAAGGAGUUUUUAAUGGACAUAAUCAACAGUGACCGAAUUCUGGGUCCAGUAUUUUUACCUAAUCAUUUGGAUGCCCAGAAUUAUUUAAUUUUCCUGCGAGGUGAGUUGGAAGACAUGUUAGAUGACCUUCCUCUGAGCAUCUACAGCUCGCUCUUAUUCCAACACGAUGGAACACCAGCCCAUUUCGCACGUGGGGUACGCGAGUAUCUUAAUAUUCGGUUUGGAAGGUGGAUUGGUCGCGGCGGUCCGGUGCCGGGCCAUGGCACGAUCUCCAGACAUGACACCACUUGACUUUUUUUAUGGGGUCAUGUUAAAAAUGAGGUUUACGCUGUGUCCUGUGAUUCGGAAACUGAAAUGCGAGACAGAAUAGUAGCAGAUUUUGAUACAUUAAAAUCUGACUCGCAAAUGGUUACGAGAGUAACACGGUCUGUGUCGAGUCGAAUGGAGAUAUGUGUUUUACGCGGUGGCCGGCAUAUCGAGACCCUGGACUGAUAAAGUGGAGGUGAAGCGUACGUAAUGUUGACAAGUGAAAGCUGAAAGAGUGAUUAGAACGCUACCGUUUAAUCGUAAAUUGUUUUAAUUAGAAAAUAAUAAAUUUUGGAACUAUUCGUUAUAAAAUAUCUGAAAACUAUGUAAGUACCUAUCAAAUAGGUGCUUACCUAUUUUCGUAUGUUUUUUUUGUUGCAAAUAAACUCAUAGGCAGUCGAGUGCGCGCGUCGGCGACAUCAAAGUGUACCUAUUCUAGAAAAUGAGAGAGAGUGAGAGGUGAUGAGAAAGAGAGCAAGUACCCCAGGACGGCACGUGUAAGCUUUCAGGGUUGUAGCAUAUUAAUUGAAAACAAAUUGUUCAAAUAUUUGUAUGAAAAUCUCAAUUUACGUGAAAUUGUUUUUUGACAAAUUAAUUGUGUUCUUUGUGCUAGGUUGUAUGGCCAUGUUUCGGGAUUAUACAUGUAUUACCAAACACGCUGUAUAUAGCUACAUGUAAUUGGCUCCUUGAACAUUAUAUAAAAUUGGUCCUGCGACAUACGACACAAGAUGUAAUCUACCA